GAUUACCAACCCGUCGGUUCAUACUCGGCUCCGAGCUGAUCUCUCCUUAAGACGUUUGUAUUACUUUCUCUCAUCGUAUUCGAAAACAAUAAUGGCUUACUCUGCAUCAAAUCUGCUGGUGUUGGCUGCCACGCUGAUCACCAUUACUGCGCCCUUACAAUUAUGCUCGGCCCAUCCCGUGGUGCCAGAUGUGACGUCACAAGAUCAGGCAAGGAGCUCAAGCAUAUCAGGUCUUUCGUGUACGAGUUCUCCGCUGGGGAUGACCAGUGGGGCCAUCCCUGAUUCCAGCCUGACGGCGUCAGGCUCACACGUCUCAUAUCCCCCAAGCAAUGCCCGACUGAAUGGUACUGGUUGGUGGGUAUGCCCGUUUGGAAAGCGCGAGGGUCAAUGGAUCCAGGUAGACCUCGGUCAGUACACGGCCAUCACGGGGGUCAUCGUACAGGGAUAUCCGGGAGGCUAUUAUAUCCGAACCUUUGCUGUAAACUCCAGUAAUACCGGCGAGUCCAAUGAUUGGCAGAAACUAACUGACAGAGGACAGACCGUACAGUUGAAUGGGCACAGUGGUAGUGGACCACCUUUGAAUGUGACGUUCCCCGUGGUACUGAUGGCAAGAUUCCUCCGCAUACUUCCACUCACAUGGACUAGCCAAGAUCAUUAUUAUCUAAGAUUCGAAGUGCUCGGAUGUCGAGUUACUAGCGGCAUGAUUCGAUUGGUGGGCGGUGACGACAAAUGGAGCGGCCAAGUGGAAAUCUACCGCCAUGAUGCUUGGGGUGCAGUCUGCGAUAGCAGUUGGGAUAUGAAGGACGCCACCACCGUUUGUCAUCAGCUCGGCUUCAUCGAGGCUCUGGAGGCUAAAACGGGGUUGUCCAGCCGAGAGAGUGACCGGCCGAUCGUGAUGAAUCGAGUCGCCUGUACUGGAACUGAACGACGGCUGGCUGACUGUCCGUUUGUCUGUACCGGCUCUCAGCAAUGCAGCAGCUCAACCGUAGCAGGAGUCGUUUGUAAACCAAGACCCGAUGAGCUUCGGUUGGUCGGCGGAUCUCGCACCAGCGGCCGAGUGGAGAUAUACCGUGGCGGCAGCUGGGGCACCAUCUGUGAUACAACUUGGAACCAGACUGAUGCGGGGAUCGUCUGCCGACAGCUCGGUUUUUCAGGCGCACUGGAGGCCAAGUCCGCUGCCCACUUCGGGCAAGGUAGCGGACCCGUCCAUAUGGACGGCGUGGCGUGCGAAGGCUCCGAAGAGAAAAUUUCCGACUGUCCUUCCCACUGCUGGGAAGAGACAAGUUGUAGCCACUCUCACGAUGCUGGAGUGAUCUGCAGUGAUGAAAACACCGUAACAACCAACAAGUGACGAAAGCUAAGCAAUCAGGAGGGAUAGGGCACCAUACAUCAUCAUACACACUCAUGUCCUUGCAAAGGGACACUAUUUCUUCCAUGGUAUUUCGGACCAUCAAAGCGCCCCUCGUGAACUGCUGGUCGACUUCUUCUAUAGUCACGUGACUGGCCUGGACCUAUAACCCGUGCAUGCUGUAACAAAAUAUAUGGAGAGUGGUAACUCGCUUCUCUUGGCAUUGUACAGUAUAUUAAUGACUGCGCAAUCUAUGAAACCAGUCUUUGUUAACAGUGCGUACUGGCUAGAUGUAGUUUUGAGUCAGAGGCAGAAGCUUUCUUGUUGUCAAUGUAUGUUUGUGUGCAGCAUAUACAAUACGCAUAAAAAGCAUGCAACAAUCGUAGUGGCUUUGUUUGUUUUAUUAAAAAUAGAUAUAUAUAU